GGAGCACGAGUAAAGGGGAAAGAUUGUGUUAAGUUCCAGUGUAAACAGGGAAAGAUGGUACCAACUGACAUAGGUUGUGAAUACGACGGAGAAUGUCUGCCAUUACAUAUGAGCAUACAAGAAGGUUGUUCAUGGAAGAAAUGUGUGAUUGCAGCAGAGGGUCCAAACUUUAUUGAUACUAGACUUAUAACUGAGCACGGUUGUUGGGAUUGUUACCAUAAGUGCCAUCGUGUUGGAGACGAGUUUACUCAUGGUUGUAAAACAACACAAUGUAUGGCUGGUGGAUUUUCAAAAACUAUAUCUAAUCGUUGUAUGACACCUGAUGGUUACUGUAUCGGCUUCAAUGAAGUAUAUGAGUACACAAAAGGAACAGAGAAAAUGACAUAUGUUUGUGGUGAAGUUGGAGACCUGGAACCAGUCGUUGUCGAUCAUAAAUGUAAGAUGUCAGCUUUUGGCAAAGACUAUGAUGUUGGAGCCGAGGUUGUAAUGGAAUGUAAAACAUACAAAUGUGUCAAGACGAUUGAUGCAGCAACAUUUGUUCAAAUCGGGGAAAAAUGCCGAGGAGAUGACGGCACGUGUUAUCCUGUAGAUCAAUCUGCCUGGGAUGCAGAGUGUGCACAGUACUCUUGCAGUAGGUCGAAAGGUGUUCUUCAGCUUUCAUCACAGCAAGGAUGUAAAGAUGCAGCCGGACAAUGUCACUCUGUUGGUUCAGUAUGGGAUGAAAAUACAGAAAGUCAGUGUGUGAAAAAAUCAUGUAACGUCGAAGGUUUAACUUAUUUUGAAAAAAUAAUUACACAUGAAUGUAGAGAUAUACAAGGAACAUGUCGUCAAGUUGGAGAUUCUGACUUUGAUGUUAAAAUGAAUGGCUUACUUUACCAGAGCUGUACGUGUAAUUACGAGAAUGAGAAAGUUGUAUAUCAGUGUAAAUCAACCUCUGAACUCCCGUAGAAGAUGACUUCUCUGACGCAGU